ACAAAUUUGCUAAAACCGCAGAGAAAUUAUAAUGAAGAGAAAUUUUGAAGAUGCAGGAGUGAAGGACCAGAGCUUCGACGACAUGGCAAAAUGUCUGAUGCUUCUGUCUCACGGCAUCGAGACCGACCCGAAAAAGGGCUCCCGGGUUCCUGUCUUUGAAUGCAAGACUUGUAACCGCCAAUUCUCCUCGUUCCAAGCGCUGGGCGGCCACCGAGCCAGCCACAAGCGGCCGAGAUUAACGGGGGACGAGCAGAGGGACCGGGCCAAACUCCAAAGCUCCGUAGGGAGCAAACCGAAGAUGCACGAGUGCUCGAUCUGUGGUUUGGAGUUUGCUAUGGGGCAAGCUUUGGGUGGGCACAUGAGGCGGCAUAGAGCGACGAUGAACGAAGGGUUUUCUCCGCCCAUUACUCUCGAUUCCAAAGUGCCUGUGGCUGUGCUGAAAAGGUCCAACAGUAAAAGGGUUAUGUGCUUGGACUUGAAUUUGACGCCAUUGGAGAACGAUUUGAAGUUAUUGUUUGGAAAGAAGGCUCCUGAUGUCGAUCUACGGUUGAUGAUUUGAUUUUGCAAUUUGUAGUGGAAUUA